CUGAGAAUUGAGAAAGAUUAUAAUCUGAGCUCUUCCCUAUUGUCUAGUCGUGAGUCGUCUCUUCACACUUCACUCUAACGAACGUAAAUAAACCUCCCAAAAACCCUCUCUCGCGCAGACUGUAAUAACAAAAAAAGUAGCCAACUUUACAUCGUCUUCUUCGUCACUUGUUGAGCAACCCAACGUACAUGGAGGCACAGUCGGCCGGCCGGAACGAAGAGAUGGCGUCGGCCAAGGAGAUGCGGCAACAGCUAGAAUCUCGUGCGACCACUGUACACAACGCUCAGCUGGACCUCAUCGCCUCGCUGCAGAACCUCGUUCCCAACAUCGUCUCCUCUAUUGACCUCUCGCUCAAGGCAAUCUCUUGCUUCAGCGGCCGCCCUUUCAUCCCUCUUCCUCAUACUCUCUCCUCUAACCCUAACCCUAACAUUCGGGGCCCCAAAUUGCCCUCCUCGGAUCCCAAAAUCGCUUCUGCAAGGGGAAAUCCUUCUCCGGAGGCUUCCAGAUUGGAGAAUGAGAAGAUGGACAUUGAUGAGAGCGGGGGAGCGUUGUCGGUGGUGAGGGCAAUGGUCGCGGUAUGUUUGCUGGAGAGAGUGCCAUUUACGCCGAUUGAUUCCUCAACGCUGCUCAGGAAGCUGGAGAAUGACCAGUCGGCUACUGCCGCUGACAGGGCAGCGCUCAGGGAGCUUGGAGGGGAGUCUGGACCGAUACUGGCAGUGGAGGUGGCUUUGAAGUCCAUGGCAGACGACAAUGGUGGGGUUGAGCUGGAGGAAUUUGUGGUGAGUGGGAAAGCUAGGGUUUUGGUUAUGAAUAUAGAUAGGACUCGUCUUUUGAAAGAAUUGCCAGAGAGUAAGCAACAGAAUGAGGGUGGUGGUGGUGGUGGUGGUUCAAUUGAAGGAAAUCGGAACCAGGAGUUAUUGAAAACCGGUAGUGAUGUUAAUAACGGAGGCGUUUUUGGAUCCGGGAGGCCAAUGCCUGAUAUGUGGAUGGGAGGAGGGCCUGCAGAACACCCGCCCCAUAUGUCUGGAUUGCCUCCUAUGUUUCCAGGGAAUAUGGGAAUGAGAGGUGUUCCAAGAGGGAUGGUGGGAAUGAUGGGGAUGCCAAGAGGGGUUGGUGUGCCACCUCCAAUGUCCAGGCCCCCAAUUGGACCAAAUGCUCAAGUUGGAGGGGCAAAUUCAAAUAUGAAGCCUAGGACUGAAGAAGAUGAUAUGAAAGAUCUUGAGGCUUUGUUGAAUAAGAAGAGUUUCAUGGAAAUCCAAAAAUCUAAAACUGGAGAGGAGCUAUUGGACCUUAUUCACCGACCUACAGCCAGGGAGACUGCUGUUGCUGCAAAGUUUAAAAGCAAAGGUGGUUCCCAAGUCAAGGAAUACUGCUCAGCAUUAACAAAAGAAGAUUGCCGACGUCAAUCUGGUUCUUUCAUGGCUUGUGAGAAGGUUCAUUUCCGGCGCAUAAUUGCUGCACAUACUGAUGUUAAUUUGGGUGAUUGCUCUUUCCUUGAUACAUGUCGUCAUAUGAAGACUUGCAAGUAUGUGCAUUAUGAGCUUGACUCUACACCAGAUAUGUCCCAUCAUAUGAUGGGAACAGGUGCCUUACCUACCCCCAAGCCCUCACAGCAACGUGCUCACUAUUGUUCAGAAGUAGAGCUUGGUGAACCACAAUGGAUAAACUGUGAUAUUCGCUCAUUCAGAAUGGAUAUUUUAGGACAGUUUGGAAUAAUCAUGGCUGAUCCACCUUGGGACAUUCAUAUGGAAUUACCUUAUGGAACAAUGGCUGAUGAUGAAAUGCGCACUCUAAAUGUGCCUGCACUUCAGACUGAUGGUAUGAUAUUCCUUUGGGUAACUGGAAGAGCUAUGGAGCUCGGACGUGAAUGUUUAGAACUUUGGGGUUACAAGCGUGUUGAGGAGAUUAUUUGGGUAAAGACCAAUCAACUUCAGCGAAUUAUCAGAACAGGUCGAACUGGUCAUUGGCUCAACCACAGUAAAGAGCAUUGCCUGGUUGGCAUCAAGGGUAAUCCGGAGGUCAACAGGAAUAUCGACACUGAUGUCAUUGUUGCUGAGGUUCGUGAAACAAGUCGCAAGCCAGAUGAGAUGUAUGCCAUGCUGGAGAGGGUAAGUCCAAGGACAAGAAAGCUGGAGCUGUUUGCACGAAUGCAUAAUGUUCAUGCCGGAUGGAUUUCACUUGGAAAUCAAUUGCAAGGGGUUCGAUUAGUUGAUGAAGGGCUGAGGGCAAGAUUCAAGGCGGCUUAUCCAGAUGUGGAGGUACAGCCUGCAUCACCUCCAAGAGCAGCUGCAAUGGAAGUGGACACUGCCUCUGGUCAAAUCAGGAAUACAGAAUCUGCCUAUCCAACUGAAGGAUAGAUCAGAUAAGCAGUUAACGAACUACUGUGAUCAUCUGAUUCUGCUGUAAUCAAAUAAAUAUUUGAAAUCGCGACUUUUGCCUUUGUAGUAGUGUACCUGUACUUGUAUUUGCAAUUUGGUUGGUUCCAUCAAAUACUCAAGAGAGGGAUAGAGAAAGAGAGUUCCUUCCUGGCCUUUAUAUGAAAUUUGUUGUUAGAUGGAGUUCACCAAGUAUCAUAUGUUCAUAGUUGCCAGUGGAAAAAGAUUUUGAAACAGUAGCUGAAAUAUGAUGUAACAGUUCAGUUGGCUAAUAAUUUUAUUAUUAUUUUUUUGAUCA